GUAUUUCCGAUAUUAUGGCCUUUGAAGAAACCGACCCCGAGCUCAUCCAGGCCCUGGAGAAAGCGUGGCAUGUGGAAACACUCGCCCAGGUGCGAACCGGCAAAGUCAAGACAACGUUUUCCACUCGAGAGCCAUCGGCUAUCUACAAACAGAUCCGAGCAGGCCCUGUAGCCGUGACGAAUCUGGGGUGCGAGGGCGACGAACACGCCUUUGAGCUGCACGGCGGGCCUGAAAAGGCCUUGCUGCAGUACAGUGCACUCCACUACAAGCGAUGGAAGCUGGAGCUGCCCCAAAGCGACGCAUUGUUUGCCCCGGGGGCCUUUGGCGAGAACCUGGUGGCAAGCUCUGCAAACGAACGCAACGUGUGUAUCGGCGACGUGGUGCGCAUUGGACAAGUUAUCGCUCAAGUCUGUGGCCCGCGGCAGCCGUGCUACAAACUGAACCAUCGCUUUCAAAUUAAGGACAUGUCGAAGCGGUCGCAGGAUCUGUGUCGCACGGGCUGGUUCUAUCGCGUGCUAAAAGAAGGGACGAUUCAUGCUGGCGACGAGAUUGCUCUGCUGGAGCGGCCGAAUCCGCAGUGGACAGUCGCUAGACUUCAAUUCUACCUCUAUCAUGACAUGCGUAACGAGGAGCUGAUGAGAGAGAUCUUGGAUCUAAAGGAACUCAGUUCCGAGAUGCGCGGCAUCUUCACCAACAGGCUCAGGAAGCAGUUCGAAAAUCAAGCUGGCCGAUUGCUAGGCACACCCGAGAAGGCCUUGACCAUCUGGAACGAAUACAAGGUUGUCAACAAGGCCAGAGAAACGCCACGAAUCUGUUCGCUCGUUCUUGAAGCAUUGGCUCCCUCGGAAGUGUCUACUGCGGUGGCACCAGGAUGCCAUGUCCGAGUGCGUCUUGGUGGAAAGCUCGUGCGCACGUACUCUGUUGUCACAGGAGACUCGAACCGCUUCCAACUUGCGAUUGCAUCCAGUGAAACCAGCAGAGGAGGGUCGAAAUACGUUCAUGACGAGCUCCAGCCUGGCGAUGUUCUUCAAAUGGGCCCGAUCACUCCCAGCUUUCCGCUGGCAGUGACCGCGGACCAUCACGUCUUCAUUGCUGGGGGCAUUGGAAUUACGGCAUUUAUUGCGUCAGCCCAGCACUGCCAGCGCCUAGGGACUUCAUACCACCUGCAUUACCUAGUGAGAAGCUCAGACGAUAUUGCUCUAGGCCUGCUCUUGGCCGAGUUCGGCUCAAAUGUAACCAUCUACGACAAGUCCAGCGGUAACAUCUUCGACACAAGAAGCGUCCUAAGCAAGAUCAACCACCAGACCCAUGUCUACUGCUGUGGGCCCCAGCGACUACAGAAUGCCGUCUCAACAGAAGCAAGCGAUCUCGGAAUCAACCCGGGAACUCUCCAUUUCGAAGCGUUCGAGGCUGCCACAUCGGGAGACCCGUUCACGGUGCGUCUAGCCGAGUCCAAUAUAUCGUUAGACGUAGAGGAGAACCAGACUUUACUUGACGUCCUGCGCGAGGCCGGUCUGGACAUCCCAUCUUCGUGCGAGGCAGGCAAUUGUGGGACCUGUCGAGUAGGAGUCAAACAGGGGCGAAUCGACCAUCGAGGGACGGGGCUGCCGGAGGCUGAGAAGUGCUCUGCGAUGUUGAGUUGUGUCUCGCGCGGUGUUGGGGACAUUGAAUUGCAGAUGUAGCAAGUAGCAGCACGGAUCAAGAUCUGUCCCAGUUCAGUCCAUGGCGUCGUUGUCUUGCCUUCCGUAUACUUGCACCUCUUACCAGUGCAGCUUCAGAAGACCAAAGUAGUACUGGGUGAAACAGGACGAAACAGUGUACCAAGAGGGUGUAGGAUUCGUUCUCGGGUUCGGCUCGUGAGCCAGAUUAGUUCUCACCACAUAUUGAGGAAGAUGAAGAUAUUUCCAACGUUUGGACAUGCCCCUGCGUCUAGGAUAUAAUUUAUUAAUACUAUAUUGAUCGUACUAUUAUAUAAGAUAGAGUGGCUUUUCAGAAGAUAGACCUGUUAGGAAGGGUAUAGACGAGGGGGUAGAGAUUAGCUUCCCCAUUAUAUUUUACACUAUUCUUACACGGACUCUAAGCAUAUACCUGGUUAAUGAAUGGC